GACAUGGUCAAGAUCGGACAAGGGGCAUCUGGUGGAGUGUACACGUCCUACCGUACCGGAACCCAAACUUUAGUGGCUAUCAAGCAAAUGAAUCUCGAAAAGCAGCCUAAAAAAGAACUAAUUAUCAACGAAAUCAAGGUCAUGAAGCAGUCAACGCAUCCAAACAUUGUCAAUUUCAUCGAUUCAUAUCUCUGGAAGGGCGAUCUUUGGGUUGUGAUGGAGUACAUGGAAGGAGGAAGUUUGACAGAUGUUGUGACUUGCAGUAUGGUGACAGAGGGUCAAAUUGCAGCCGUUUGUCGGGAAGUAUUAGAGGGCCUCAAACAUCUACACGCCAAUGGCGUAAUCCACCGAGACAUAAAGAGUGACAAUAUCCUGUUGAGUCUUCAGGGUGACAUCAAAUUGACUGAUUUUGGAUUCUGUGCUCAACUCGGGGAUGAUCAGACGAAACGCACCACAAUGGUUGGAACACCUUAUUGGAUGGCACCAGAGGUAGUUACUCGCAAGGAAUACGGUGCAAAGGUGGAUAUCUGGUCAUUGGGUAUUAUGGCAAUUGAGAUGGUAGAAGGAGAACCACCUUACCUCAAUGAGAACCCCCUUCGUGCACUCUAUCUUAUUGCAACCAACGGCACUCCACAGCUCCAGGAUCCCGAUUCACUGAGCCCAAUCUUCCAAAAUUUCCUGUCCUAUUGUCUAGAAGUUGACCCAGACCAGAGACCAUCGGCCGCAAAAAUGCUUAGGCACCCUUUCCUUGCCAAAGCCGAGCCAUUGCGCUCAUUUGCACCUCUAAUCAGAGCAGCUAGAGAGAGACCAUAAAGAAAAAAGAACCAAAACUCUCACAGUUAGAUUAUUAUCACUAUUAUUUAAACCGUCAUUUUUUACUAUCAUUACUAUUACUGUUAUUAUUAUUACUAUUGUUAUUAUUAUUAUUAUUACUAUUACUAUUACUAUUACUAUUACUAUUAUCAUUAUCAUUAUCAUUAUCAGCACUACAAUUCAUAUACACACAUACAGGUACACAGACAUAUUUAUAUAUAUAUAUAUAAUUAUACACAUUUUUUUUAAAAAAUUCC